CCGCGUACCUUCCUCUCGAGUCCUUUGUGUUGGAAACUCUCAUAUCUCACAUAUCAAUAAUUCAAGCGCGCGCGAGCCAGAGCAGACGGAGCUCCCACCGCGCGCUAUGAGUUCUGCUGCCGCGUCACUCCACCACGGCCCCUUCGAACCGCGCGCGACUCCCGGUUUGUGUGUUUCCAAGUGACACAAAAAAAAAAGCUCGUGAGAAGAAAAAGAACAGGUGAAAAACCGGAGAUAACGGAGGUGAUAAAAACGUCUUUUUUUCCACAGUAAAGGGGGGGAAAGAGAGACCUCGAGGGAGAAACACUGAAGGCUGAUUAAACCCAAGAAAACGGAGUGUUAAAAAAAAAAAAAAAUAAUAAAAUAAAAAAAUAAAAGAAACAUCUGAAGGUUCGACGCGGGAGCAAGCGGGGAAACUCUUCCAUCCUUCCCUUACUUUUUUUUUUAAAGAGGGGACUAAAAACCCACGGCUUACGACGAGAAAGACCACCGAAGUUUCUGGUUCCGGUCCGGUUAUGUUGGCGUUGUGCCUGAUGAGUGCCGUGUGGCUCGCGGCUAGCCCGGCCCGCGCGCAGAACGAGACGGAACCCAUAGUUCUGGAGGGGAAGUGUCUGGUGGUCUGCGACUCCAACCCGACCUCGGACCCCACGGGGACGGCGCUCGGGAUCUCGGUGCGCUCCGGCAGCGCCAAGGUGGCGUUUUCCGCAGUCCGGAACACCAACCACGAACCGUCCGAGAUGAGCAACCGGACCAUGGUCAUCUACUUCGACCGGGUUCUAGUAAACGUUGGGAGAAAUUUUGACGAGGAGAGAAGUAAUUUCAUCGCGCCUCGCAAAGGGAUUUACAGUUUUAACUUCCACGUAGUCAAAGUCUACAACCGUCAAACCAUACAGGUGAGCCUGAUGCACAACGGCUGGCCCGUGAUUUCGGCAUUUGCCGGCGACCAGGAUGUGACACGCGAGGCAGCCAGCAACGGCGUCCUGAUCCAGAUGGAGAAGGGAGACCGGGCCUACCUCAAACUGGAGAGGGGAAACCUCAUGGGGGGAUGGAAAUACUCCACCUUCUCUGGCUUUCUGGUGUUUCCCAUGUAAGAGGAAGAGAAAGGGAGGAGGAGGAGAGCCGGAGAUGGAAGACGAAGGAGGAGAAGCUGGUGGAAGAUGGGAAACAGAGGAGGAAAAAAGAAAGAGGGGAUGUAACAAUGGACUUCUGUUUGGAACGAGGAGGAAGGAAGGGGGAGAAAGAGGGAUAUUAGAGAGGAAAAAAAUAUAUGUAAGAGCAUGAAAAUGGGAGAACAAUUAGGAAGGUUUAAUACGAGUAAACAGGCCAACUUCUUCACUUCCCUUCCUUAUGUCAUCCAUCCUCUUAUCCAUCCUCCCUCCCUCUCUUUCUCUGCAGCUUGGACAGCCAAAACCUUUUUUUAUUCUCUGCUGAAGACGCCAAUUGAUCAUUUCUAAUGUUCCAGAGUGUUUUAAAGCCUGAGUGUAACUUCCCCUCCCUCCCUCCCUCCCUCCUCCCUCUUCUUCCCACAUCCAUUCAAUACCAGUCAUUAAUCCAUUGAUCUCUAUCUACAUACGCUUUGAAGAAUGUUUUCUUAAGGAACCAGCUCAGCACCUGUUAACUGUUACCAUGUGUCAAGUCUUUUUUUUAACGUCAGACAGGUGCUUUAUUAUUUUUUUUGUUUGUUUGUUUUUUGCAGUGAUUUUGGAUCAGUCCUUGUUCCCCAAAAAGCCAAACACAUUUUAUCGGGGAAACGCUAAACAUUGAUCGCAAAAUCAUGGCGAAGGACACAUUUACGUCUCCUAUAUGUGGUGUUUUAUAGUUUAUCAUAUAAUUUAUUUUCUCAUAAAAAAAAAUGGUACAAUAUUUCUUGAGAGACACAUUCCUCUUUUUUUUUCCAUUUCCUUUUAUUUCCUGUUCCAUAACCCUGAUGCAGUCAAUGUUUUCCAAGCCUUCAAAGUGAUAAUCUCAUAAGCCGGACACGUCUAAUAAAAUACAACAGCUGGCCAAUUUUCAUUUUAUGGGACUAGUAAAACAACAUCUGGUACGAUCACAAUAUUUUUUUUUACCAUAUUCACUAAUAUUGAUAUCUACUUCAAGUAAGCUGAUAAUUCUGGCAGUUGGAAGAGUAUCCUGAUAAUGCCUGAAGGUUUAUUUCAUUUAUUACACAUCAGGAUAUUAACAUAUGAAGGAAAAUAAAAGCAA